AUGUCAAUGGUUCUGCCCGGUGUGACAUUAAUCGGUUAUAAUCGUCUGGCACCCUGUUCACUUGCCUUGCCCCAUGAUCGAUUCGCAAUGCACACUGACUGGUUUGGCUGUCCAACAAAACGUGUUAUUGCCCAUCACGGAUCUGAACCACCACAACUGAUAUUGGCUGAGCGUCAAUCAUCGUUGGGCACUUACAAUGUAACUGUUGGACGAUUCACGGAUGACAUACUAGUCCUCUUUUUCGGACAAAAUGGGUGGCUAGGCUGGCAAUCGGGUAUCGACUUACGACGACCGUAUAAGCCGUGCGAUAUCUAUAUCAAAUUGUUCUUUACCUCUUUUCUAUGCAAACCAAACGCAAAACAAGUACUCAUCAUUGGCCUCGGUGGUGGCGUAUUGCCCAUGCUCAUUCGACAUUAUUUUCCAACAGUUAUAAUCCAUGUAGUCGAAAUAGAUGAGACGGUUAUUGAAUUGGCAUCGGAAUUUUUUUAUCUUACCGAGCAAAUGAAAAAUGGAUACAUGCAUGUCAUAGCAGAUGAUGGUUUUCUUUAUGCCAGUGAAACAGCCCAUCGGUAUGAUAUAAUUUUCAUCGAUGCAUUUGUUGAAGACGCAAUGCCUAGUCACAUGAAUACGUCGCAAUUUUUUUCCAACUUGCAUGGGAUUUUGAACAAUGGUGGCUGUCUGGUGACAAAUGCUAAUCUUCCUACCAACGACGUCUAUGCUCGACUUAUACAAACAUGUUCCUCAACAUUUGAAUCAAAUGUUUUAUUCGCCCAUACGAAUAUAAUAGAAAAUGCACGUGUUAUCAUAUCUGGCACUCGAACUUGUCUAACGUCGAUUUCUUCACCAGCACAAGCUAUUCAGAAAGCUCAAUGGUUAGAAUCAGAUGUACUCCUAGAGUUUAGUCUUUCACGUCUCGUCACAUUCGCCUAUCGAGGUCUACUAAUUGACAACGAUGCGAGAAUAUCAACCUGA